AGCGUGGAGAGAGGAGAAUCGAGUCUCUGCGACAUUUGGUCAAUUGGCACGGAAAAUCUCAGAGCAGAAUCUGAAAAUCCAGGUGAAAAGGUGGCAGCCCGAACUGGCGUUGGCGCAAGUUGGCGGCCGCCGGGCCGCGGCUAGCUGGCCAUGCUGGGCAAUACGAUUGACCAUGCUGUCGCCUGCUUGUGAAGCGAAGUACCAUGACAUGGUAUGGUAUGUAUGAGAGGGAGACUCGGAGAGAGAGAACGGGGUUGCAGUCACAGAAAGCCACAGAGGCCCAUGGGCCAUGCAGGGCCAAACUGAAUGAGGGAGGUGCUCACAGGCAAGCUGGAGCUGCUCAAUGAGGACAGAGCCCGGCGAAUCACUCCAAAAAAUGAGAGGUGCAGCGGAAGAAGAAAGCUACGAGAAUUGUCCGAUAUGUGAUGAGAAAGUCUGCACAUCGACCAUUCAAAGGCAUGUCAACGCACACCUGGAUUCUGAGGUAGAGGCUGGAGACCGGGAACUAGCUGCCAAAGUUGAUCUUGGAUCUCCUGAAACCAAUUAUCCUGUGAAUUUGCAACAAAGUGAGGAAGCUCCAAAAGCAUUGAGAAGGCGCGAUGAGAGUGGUGACAGGGUGACGUGCACGCUUGGUUGCGAGCAGGUGGUGCCCCUCUACGAGUGGGAUUCGCAUCUGAUUAUGCACCAGCUAGAAGCGGAGGAGAUAGCAGCGGAGAUGGACCGUCAGGAGCAAGACAAGCGCUCGGAGCUGGCAGCUCGAGUUGCACAGCAUGGGUUCUUUGCUCCACUGCAAUUGCAGCAUGGUAUGUCCAAAGGAGAGAGCAGUCGAGGGGGCAGUGAGGCUUGGAGACAUGUCAGUCCGCAUGCUGGCAUGACUGUCCGAGGGGGUGCUGAAACAGGCGGUGGUGCAGAAGCUCAGGACCCCCCUGUGGCUGAGCAAAGAGAAACAAUUUGCCGACGCGCUCCUGAGGGCAUCGUGGAGCUUUUGCGACAGGCGCUAGAAGCUGAUUGCAAAGGGAACUGCAGGGCAGCCUUAUCAGGUUAUGUGGACCACUACGAAAGCCGACGGAGAGACGACCUUGGUUGGGGCUGUGGUUGGAGGAACAUACAGAUGCUUUGUUCGAAUCUGGUUGAAGACCCUGAGAUCUGUGGAGCAAUCUUUGGGGGCCGGGGGACUGUUCCAGAGAUUCCUGAGCUCCAAAAGUGGCUGGAACAAGCGUGGAAGGAGGGCUUUGAUGUCAUGGGAGCUGACCAGCUGGGUUGGAACGUCCGGGAAACCCAGAAGUGGAUUGGCACGACCGAGUGUGCCGCUCUGCUCCGCUCCUUUGGGCUGCGCGCGCGCAUUGCCGACUUCCGAGCCUCCAACGUGAGAAACAAGAGGGAGCCACGAGGCGGGGACAGCCAGGCGGGCGACAGAGGACAGUCUGCUAAACGGCCUCGGACGGACGGCGCCGCGCCCGCCGAGAUAACCGGGGGCAACCAGGAUGGGGACCACCGGGACCACGCGGUGCAUAGUGGGGUGCAGUGUGACCACUGCGGGAUGAAUCCAAUCCGAGGGGCACGCUUCAAGAGCACGGUCAAGGACAACUUUGAUCUCUGCGAGCAGUGCAAAGACGUGGCGGACGACCAGGAGGCGAGUCGGGGCGUGACGCGGCUGCACCUGUACCUCAAGAUGGACACGCCCCACGUAAUGGAAGACAAGACCGAGAGUACGCAGAAGGGAGGCGGGGCGGGAUCGGGGGCCCGGACAGAGAGUGCGAACGCGCACAUGAGGCUGAUCGAGUGGGUCUGGAAGUACUUCACCACUGGGGCGGGGGCGGCCGAAGACAGUGAAGCAGAGGAGGCCCCGACAAACCAGCGCCGGCAUGUCAUCAUGAGCAACAGACCUCCUCUUUAUUUCCAGCACGAAGGCCAUUCCCGGACCAUUGUUGGGAUUGAGCGCCGGCGGUCGCGACCUGAUGCACCGGAGGAGGCCUUUUUGCUGAUACUCGACCCCUCGCAGCGAACUGCCGAAGUGGUGGAGGCACUUCGCCAAAAGAAGGGGUGGCAGCGGCUCAUCAAACGAGGCGUCCACACCCUGCGGAAGCCAGAGUAUCAGUUGUGCUUUGUCGAGCCGGGCAUAGCCACGGGAGAGGAGCUGGAAAAGCUGAAAGUGCUGGACAGUGUUCUCCAUCAGUAUUAGUCUGUAGCAGUCUGUACAAUUCAAAGCUGUCUGUUAUCUGUGCUAGUAUAGGACAUUGCUCUGUGAAGGUUAUUUGCACGCGGUUGCCAGGAGUUUGUGGUAAUUUUGAUACGGGAGGAUAGAAGGGCAUGAUUGGUAUGGAUCGCCAGGUAUCAAGGUAAACAAGGACUGAGCAUUGGGUGAGACGGUUUGACAGAGGUUGUGAUCGAGACCCCCAGUAUGUCAUUGUCAUACUAUUGUGGAUGCCACAGGGUCUCUUCUUCUUCUUC